AAAUUGAGUCUACAAAUAAGAUAAUUAAAAAGGGUCGUCCCAUUUAUUGCCACGUUCGAAAAACAUCCAAAAUGAUUUCAGACGAUAGCGAUGCCCUUUUGGCACGCAAUGGGCAACCGUUUCGUGAGGACAUUCAAAUCUCUAGAGAUCAGUUACCUAACAGUGCAGUUUCUAAUGAACCGAAAAAAUUGCCGCAGUAUAUUUCUGCUAUUUCUGCAACACUCUCGGCCUUUGCUGCAGGGGCUGUAUUGGGUUGGACAUGUCCCAUAAUGGAGGAUCUCAAACAAGGUCAUUUUCGAGGCAUCUCCGUAAACAGCGACGAAAUGGGUUGGAUCGGAUCGUUUGCUACACUGGGCGCACUUACUAUGUGCAUUCCAACCGGUUUCAUUUGCGACUUGAUUGGAAGAAAACGCACACUUUUGCUUCUUGUCGCACCGUUUGUCGGCGGAUGGUUGCUUAUUGUGUUUGCUAAGAAUAUUCUUAUGAUUUAUUUUGGCAGGCUGUUUACUGGCAUGGCAGUAGGAGCUACAUGUGUGGCUGCCCCUUUAUACACAGGGGAAAUUGCUCAUAAAAAACUGAGGGGUACUUUGGGCAGUUAUUUUCAGUUGAUGGUUACUUUGGGAAUUCUUUAUGCUUAUGUACUUGGCAAAUAUUUGAGUGUGUAUCGUUUUACAAUUGUCUGUUCCGCAUUGCCUGUAUUCUUUUUGAUUUCGUUCGUUUUCCAGCCCGAGUCUCCAGUGUUUUUACUUAAACGGGGAUGUUUUGAAGAUGCAAAAGUAUCGUUGACGAAAUUACGUGGGGCAUCGUAUAAUGUUGACGAAGAAUUACUAGAAAUUGAGGAAUGCCUAAAAGAGGUAACUCACACAACUGUUUCCAUAAAACAAAUCCUGAGAAAGAGGUCCACCAUAAAAGCGAUGAUAAUCCUCUUCUCCCUUAUGCUGUUCCAGCAGUUCAGUGGAAUCAAUACAAUCGUUUUGUACACCAGUAACAUUUUCCAAAAGUCCGGUGUUCAACUGGACGCAAACGUAGCAGCAAUUAUUGUGGGUGCGUUUCAGGCGUUUGCCACUUUUGUUGCUUCUCUCUCUAUUGAAAAGUUAGGACGACGAUUUUUGUUGAUUCUAUCGGCGUCCAUUUUAGCACUAUCAACUUGCACUUUAGCCCUGUUCUUCACUUUAAGGGAUAGAUCUCAUAUAGAUCUAGUGACUCUCUUACAUUAUAUUGGUUUCUUGCCUGUAGCAUCCGUUUGCAUGUUUGUCACUGUAUUUUCUUUAGGAUUGGGUCCUAUUCCUUGGAUGAUAUCAUCAGAAAUUUUGGCUCCAGAAAUCAAGAGCGUUAUCAGUUCUGUGGCUGCUACAUUUAAUUGGUUUUUAGCAUUCAUUGUCACGAAGUUCUUUUUGCAAGUUAACGAGGCAGUAGGAGAAGACGUUACGUUUUAUUUCUUCGCGUUUAUGUCUUUGGUCGGUACCGUCUUUAUAUAUUUGGUGGUGCCGGAAACGAAAGGAAAAAGUCUUAGGGACAUACAGUUUAUGUUAGAGAAUUAAUAAUACUCUUAAUUAAUUUGCAUAAGAUAAAUAAACUAGGUGUUAUCCUAUAUAUUUUAUAUGUAUAAAAAUUAUUGUAGAAAUGUGUAUUGUUAUUUAAGUGAUAGUUUAGGCAAAUUUUAAAUAUUAAUAUAUUUAAGAUUAAUUAAUAUCAUCACUGAUUAUCUGAUUUAUGUGAUAUAAUUUCUCUAGUCGUCACAGCUGCACUUAAAUGUACACUUUAAAGACGUCUAUUUAUUGAUUUUCGUUUUUCUAUUGUUAUCUUUAUUUCUGUAUUAUUCAAUAUUGUGAUUAGAUAUGACUUUUAUACCAAUGUUCCUUACUAUACAUAUUCGUAAAAUAAAAUUUAAAAAAAUUUGUAGAUUAUUACUUCUUUUAUAUAGUUGAGCUUUUCCUGAAAAGGAUUAGAUGAAAAUUUAUUUAACUUAAAAUUACCAAAAAUAAUUUUAUUUUCUUAUUACAUAUAGUUAUAUAAAAUAUACAUAAAUAUUUUUACAUAUAUAAUUUUAAUACAAAUUGUUCAUUCACGUAGCUUUCACAUUUCCUCAAAUUUCGACGCAAUCUUUAAACUGGUUAGAUUUAAUAUACAAUAUUAAGAAGGUACAAACAGUUAAAAUCACCUACUUAUCACAUAGACACAAACAAAGAUAACAUUUGAGAUACACUUAAAAAUUACAUUGAUAUGUUCUUAAUUGUCUCCACGUUUUACCCGCAUAACUUAAAUAUACUUUAAUUAGCACUUUCA